GCGCGGUCGCGAUAGUUAGCAUUGCUCGCGGAGACCAGCGUGCAGCAUGUCGACAGCUGCUGCUUCCGGCGACGAUUCAUGGCGAGCAAACAUUAUAGACGAUGACGCAGAAGUCGCCAAGCUCGUGCGGACCUUCCACAAGGUUGCGGUGCUGGGCAUCAAGACCGAGCGGCAGGCCGACCAGCCCGCGUUUUACGUGGCGGAGUACUUAAAAAGUGCGGGAAUUCAGGUGGUGCCGGUGCCGACCUACUACCCCGACGUCACGUGCAUCCUGGGGGCGCCCGUGUUCCGCACUGUGGCGGCGGCGGCGGCGGCCGAGGGAGCACUGGACUGCGUGGACGUGUUCAGGCGGCCCUCGGACGUGGAGGCCCACCUGCCCGACCUGCUGGCCGCCGCCCCCCGCCCCCGCGCCGUGUGGCUGCAGUCCGGCAUCCGCUGCCCGCCCGCCGAGGAGGCGCUGGCGCGGGCGGGCGUGCUGGUGGUGGCGGACCGGUGCCUCAUGGUGGAGCACCGGGCGGCGGCAGCCGGGGGCAGCAGGAUGUAGGCGGAGGCGGGAGGAAGCGCGUGCGUGAGUGUGCGGGCCUGUGCUUGGGGCCAGCGCGUCCUGCCUCGCCGCCUGGGGUGUGGCAGGUGGUGCCUCAAGCGGGUGGCAGCAUGGAGCUGUUAUGUUGAGGGAGUUUAGUGUCGGGGCGGAGAGAGGCAAACACCAGUGCUCGUGCGGGUUAGUGCCGGUUACAGCACCCGGUUGACUGUCAGUCUGUCACCAGCCGGUUUUGUUGCAUAAGGUUCCCAAAGAAAUUAUGGCAUAGAUGGGGCAAGUCUACAUACUAAUGAAUUCUUAUAUUGCCUUUAAAUCCUGCAUAAAGCGUGCGGCAUCGUUUAACCACCAUCGGGUGCGCGCUUAUCUUUGCCGGCAAUUGCUGCAAGCAUUGUCACAUUCAUUACCCUGUAACAUAAAUUGAC